AUGUCCAUGAACACAUUCCGCGAAGCUCCCCCUCGUCAGGCUGCAAUGGCAAGACUGCGAGCUGCACAAGCCGCGAAACAAACGAAGGGAAAGGGAAAAGGCCGCACAAGCUCACAGGCUUCGAUAAGCAGUUCGUCUGAGCCUGCGGAGGAAGACUCCGAGUCUGAAGAGACGACCUCUGGAGUGCCUAAUCCCACCAGCCGUACCCCAGUUCCCCGCCUUCGCGAAGCAAGCGUCAUCUUAGUUACCCCACAGUCUUCCCUCCUCAAAGGCCAACGUCAGUACGUUGAAAUUGAACCUUACAAAGCCCAACUGGAGAAGGAACGCAAGUGGAUAGCUUCACAACUCGCUCAGUCGCAUCAUUCACGCAAUUUAUAUGAAGCUUUGCAAGCCGCAGGAAAGACCGUCAAGGACGAUUUAUUUAAACUUGCAAAUGGAGCAUACACGAACGAUCCCAACUCUUUGGUUCAUGUCCGGGGCCUUCGAAAGCCCGCAUCAAAUAAACAACCUCUCUUCAACCCAAGUGGCGAUGAAGAGGACUAUCGCAAACGGCUGCGUGGGGCGGGCAAUCCUACUCAACAAUCGCCAGGGGGGGACGGCCCGUCGACAUCGGCAUCGAACACCACCACCCCCAAGAAGGUCACUAACGCGACUCAAAAUGCGCAUCACAAGUCGAAGGCGACGACUUCAAAAGGCUCGGCUGACAAGUCAUCUCCAGACGACCCCCCGCCUGACCCCAAACCGGUACCCAGUUCACGAAUACCGCCCCCUCGCGCUGCCAAAAACAAAGCCCAGCAAGAAAUUUCGGCAAAGAACACCGGCUCAUCUUCUAACUCGACUCGCCCAAGGCAACCUCGCCGGGAGCCCACCCCUCCCCCGGCUAACAGCCGUGAACCUAGCCCGGAUACGAGAGAAGGCGUACAUGAGGACCAGCCUUCACUCAUCUCGAAGGAAGAGGCCAAGGCCAUUGACGCACGAUACCACUUCCUGGCCAAUGCCAUCCUCGACGAUAGCCACCGUCCCUCCACACUUCGACCGUAUCUCCAAGAUCCAAAGGAUCCUUUCUUCGGCUUAUUCCAUUCGCCGUAUAUUUUCCCCCCGGUUGCUCUCUUUCCUCUUUCCAAUUACGCCGCGGCAGCUUUCGAUCACGCCCUGCCCUACGCGCGCCUCCGAGAGCUACUUCCUCAGGGGUUCUAUGCUUACCAUACCAUGAUGACAUGGUUUCAUCAUUUGAAGGCUGAAACCCGCUGGACAGUGGCUGACACGAAGAAUAUGCUGCCAUGCUUGGAGGUUGUUGCCAAUGUAUUAAAGCAAUCAGCCAAGGUCCUUCACGCUUCUGGCGCUGGUUCUACGGCACAUCAUGUUGAGUCGACUUCGAAUCCAGACGCCGAACCUCAGUCUACUAUUGAACCUGUCCAUGAUGUCAAUGACACUCAGACCCUUUCCCUCGACGAUAUCCUUGACCUCGGCCCUACCUCACACCCCCAUUUAGUCGACGAUACCCUUGAUGGUGGUCCUCUCACAAAUGACCUUGAAAUGUCGCCAUCUCCGUUGGUGGAAGAAGCUGUAGAGAAUUUACCUGCGUCAGCGCGAGAGCUACUUGACUCAAUUGCCGCGAUUGAACUUACGAUCCCAUGGCGAGAGCCCUCAGCGGAACAUAUUGGGUGCCACCCGACAUGGACGAAGAUGAUAUUCAGCAAGACCUAG